AUGGACCAACUGCUGAAAGGAAACCAGAGCCAGGUUUUCAUAAUGGAAGAAGCAACUCCUGAGAAAAAUGCGGGGGAUAAGGCGUUUGAAGCUGAGCAGGCAGGAGACGAUCAGCAGGAAGUGAGUUACGUAAAUGGACAAGGGUGGCAGCUGAAGAAUUAUCACCCAAACCCUAACGUAAGGAACAAUCCACAACUCUUCUGGCCUAAGCAGGACAAACAAGUUGAUCCGGCGCAGAACAACCAGGGCCAGUAUUCGGGAUAUCAGAAGAACUAUCAGCCCCGAACAUAUGUUCUAAGCCAACCGCAGAGCAAUCAGCCUCAAAUACAGAACCACCAGAACACUCAAGUCGCUACCUCCACCCCUGUCGCUGUUCCGCAAGAUGAAACUAAAACCAUGCUGCAGCAACUCCUCCAAGGACAACAGCUCCAAGGGAAAGCGCUGAACCAGGUCACCACUGAGAUCAAUACUAGGAUGAACCAUAUGUUCGGAGACCUGAGCACCAAAUAUGAUAAUGUCGCAAGCCAUAUGAGACAGAUGGACAUUCAGAUAGCUCAGACUGCCGAGAGUGUCAAGAGACAGCAAGGUACUCUACCUGGUAAAACAGACAAAAACCCCAAGGAGUGCAAUGCGGUUCAGCUAAGAAGCGGGAAGCAACUUUCCGAGCCAGAAAGGAGAAGGUUCACCGCGGCUGAGAAAGGCAAGCAGAAAGAGUCAGAGCAACCGCUAGCCGACCAAGCAGAUGAGGGGAAUACAGAGCCGGUAGUCGAAACAGCCUCGCCACGCUCAGAACAACCGGCUGAAGCAGUGCGCCCGAUUCCAGAGGCUGUUCCUCCUCGCGAAUACAUUCCAAAAGUCCCUUACCCUGUUCCAGCGAAGGUCACUCGUAAGGACAAGGAGGAAAUAAAAUGCAGGAAGAUGCUGGAAGAUCUAACCGUCCGACUUCCCCUGAUGGAUGCGAUUCAGAUGAUGCCCUCCAUGCGUAGCUUUAUGAAGGGGUUGAUCUCAGGGAAAAUAUCAGACGAGAGCGAGUUCAUGACAGUUUCCAAGGAAUGCAGCGCAGUGCUUCAGAACAGGCAAAUAAAAAAACGAGGAGAUCCCGGCAAAUUUGUCCUCUCUAUUCAGAUUGGGAAGACAGUUUUCGCCUGCUCCUUGGUGGAUCUUGGGUCUAGCGUGAAUCUAAUGCCCUACUCUGUCGCUUUACGACUCGGAUACACGCACUUCAAACCAACUAAGAUGUCCUUGGUUUUCGCAGACAGAUCAGUCAAAUCUCCUGUUGGUAUUCUAGAGGAUCUCCAAGUGAAAGUAGGGAACACCACUGUUCCAGCAGACUUCGUUGUUCUGGAAUUGGAAGAAGAGUCUAAGGACCCCCUCAUCUUGGGAAGACCAUUCUUAUGUACUGUCGGAGCUAUCAUUGAUGUGCGACAGGGAAAGAUUGAUCUGAAUCUUGGGGACAUAGUUAUGCAAUUCGAAAUGGAUGAGUUGCUAAAGAAGCCGAUGUUGGAUGGACAAACCUUUGAGGUCAAUGAAGGGGUUGAUCCGCUCCAACCACAAGAAGGAAUGAUCGAGGAGAUUCUUACCGAAGACCCACUGGAACUUGCACUGGUGCGUGCUGAAGCCGAGCAGAGUAUGGUGAACAUUGAUGCAGAUGGAUAUGCCAAGAUGCUUGACUCCGCAAGGAGUAUGGGGAGAAUGGUAGCAAGUCUAAGUCUGGGGGAGGAUAUCAACAGGCGCGAGACCACUCCAUCUGGAGCGACCCCUAAACCGGACCAACCAGAGGAUCCCUGGAGCGAGCUCAAGGCUCCCAAAGUUGAGCUAAAACCCCUUCCCAAAGGGCUCAGGUACGCUUUCUUAGGUCCGAAUUCCACAUAUCCUGUCAUUGUGAAUGCUGAGCUGAAUAAUGUGGAAACUGCAUUGCUUUUAUGCGAGCUUAGAAAAUAUCGUAAGGCAUUAGGAUAUUCGCUAGCUGACAUCCCUGGUGUGAUCUAUGCGAUUUCUGAUAGUAAAUGGGUCAGUCCUGUUCAUGUUGUACCUAAGAAAGGUUUCUUUCAGAUUCCCAUCCAUCCAGACGAUCAGGAGAAGACGACGUUCACAUGUCCCUACGGAACGUACGCUUACAGGAGAAUGCCAUUCGGCUUGUGCAAUGCGCCAGCAACGGUUCUUAAAAGGUGUGAGGAGAAACACCUCGUACUCAACUGGGAGAAAUGCCACUUCAUGGUCACAGACGGGAUUGUUCUAGGGCACAAGAUCUCCGAGAAAGGAAUUGAGGUGGAUAAAGCAAAGAUCGAAGUGAUGAUGAGUUUGCAACCACCAGCAAACGUGAAGGCCAUCAGGAGUUUCUUGGGUCACGCUGGGUUUUACCGACGGUUUAUCCAGGAUUUCUCGAGGAUAGCAAGACCACUCACCAGACUGCUCUGUAAGGAGAUCAAAUUUGAUUUCGACAGUGAGUGUCUAGCUGCUUUCCACACCAUCAAGGGAGCUCUAGUCAGCGCACCCGUUGUGCAGCCACCAGACUGGGACCUACCCUUUGAAAUCAUGACUGAUGCAAGCGAUUUCGCAGUUGGAGCAGUACUUGGGCAGCGUAAGGACAAGAAACUUCAUGUGAUCUAUUACGCUAGCAAAACUAUGGAUGAAGCUCAGUGCAGAUACGCUACAACUGAGAAAGAGCUUCUGGCUAUUGUUUUUGCUUUCGAAAAAUUUAGGUCCUACCUAGUGGGAUCUAAAGUGAUUGUGCACACAGACCAUGCUGCUCUUAAGUACCUGCUCACCAAGAAAGAUGCGAAACCGAGGUUGUUAAGGUGGAUUCUUCUUCUCCAAGAAUUUGAUCUAGAGAUAAAAGACAAGAGAGGUGUCGAGAAUGGGGUCGCUGACCAUCUAUCCAGAAUGAAGAUUGAGGACGACACAACUCUUGAUGAGGAACACCCAGUUGAACACGUCAACGCGAUUGGUCUGUGUUACGCGGAACAAUCUAUAAGAACCGCAUCAGACUGCUCCAGCAUCGCGAAACAACCUCCGAGGAAGGCGCCCGAUUGUUCUCAUAUCUCGAGACAUCCUGUCGCCUUGAUCCAAAAGCAAUAUCCUCACCUCCCAUGGUUUGCUGAGAUUGCUAACUAUCUAGCUGCUGAAAAGCCACCACUUAAGUUCACAGGAAACGAUAAGAGGAAAUUCCUGAGAGAAGCUAGGCGUUAUGUUUGGGAUGAACCGUUCUUGUACAGACAAGGCAAGGAUGGUUUGUUCAGAAGGUGUGUUCCAGAGGCAGAUAUCCCAGGAAUUCUGCACCACUGCCAUGGUUCAUCUUACGCAGGUCAUUUUGCUGCAUUCAAAACGGUUUCUAAAGUCCUCCAAGCAGGAUUCUGGUGGCCGACUAUGUUCAGGGAUGCUCAAGCCUACGUAGCCAGAUGCGAUGCAUGCCAGCGACUUGGGAACAUCAGCAAAAGGAAUGAGAUGCCUCAGAAUUACAUUCUAGAGGUUGAGGUAUUCGACUGUUGGGGAGUCGAUUUCAUGGGACCAUUCCCUGCGUCCUUCAAGAACGAGUACAUCCUUGUCGCCGUUGACUACGUGUCUAAGUGGGUAGAAGCAGUAGCAAGCCCUACGAACGAUGCAAAAGUGGCGACUAAGAUGUUCAGCUCAAUCAUAUUCCCAAGGUUCGGAGUGCCUAGGGUCGUAAUCAGCGAUGGUGGAACACACUUCAUCAACAAGGCAUUUCAGGGCCUUUUAAGGAAGAAUGGAGUGAACCACAAAGUGGCAACCGCUUACCAUCCACAGACGAGCGGACAAGUUGAGGUGUCCAACAGGGAAAUCAAAAGCAUCCUGCAGAAAACUGUCAACACUUCACGAAAGGACUGGUCGCUUAAGCUGGACGAUGCGCUAUGGGCCUACAGAACAGCCUACAAGACGCCGCUAGGAACGACCCCCUACCACCUUGUGUAUGGUAAAGCAUGUCACCUCCCCGUCGAGCUUGAAUACAAGGCCGCAUGGGCAGUCAAGCUACUGAAUUUUGACAUCAAGCCAGCGACCGAGAGACGCAUGAUCCAGAUUCAUGAACUGGAGGAGAUAAGGCACCUCGCCUAUGAAAGCUCCAAAAUCUACAAAGAGAAAACCAAGGCCUACCAUGACAAGAGGAUCAUUGCCAGACAAUUCGAACCCAACGAUAAGGUCUUGCUUUUCAAUUCAAGGCUGAGACUGUUCCCAGGGAAGUUGAAGUCUAGAUGGUCCGGGCCUUUCACUGUUAAGGAAGUUCGACCCUACGGAGCAGUUGUGCUAUUAGACAGAAAAGGGGACGAGUUUGUAGUGAAUGGACAGCGCGUCAAGCACUACCUUGCUGACUCCACUAUCGCAGAGGGAGAAGAGAUUCCCCUAAGCGAGCCCCCAUCAGCCUGA